UAUAAACCCUAAUUCACCACUUCCCUUUUCCCCCAUAAAUUCCCAUUUUGCUGGAUUUUGAUUUUGAUUUGGAAAAUAAGAAUGAAGUUUGGAAAGGAAUUUGCUUCACAAAUGGUGCCAGAAUGGCAAGAAGCAUAUAUGAACUACAACUACCUCAAGACUUUAUUAAAAGAAAUCUUGAUUUUCCGGCAACGACAGACCAGAUCAUCAUUGCCGGCGUACCCAUUGCGACCGCCACCGGCGAAGGCGACGUCUUUGAAGAGAAGGGCAUCUCUUUUUAGAGCUUUCAGUGGAUUAACAGGUCGUUAUGGGAACACGAGUCCGAAAGAGGAUAAUGAAGAUGAAGUGAUUCUGGUGAAUGCAAUGCAGAAAUCAGAUGAAGAACAAGGGGAAGAUUGCCGGAGUUACCAGACGAUAUUUCUCCGGUCGGCGGAGGAAGGCGGCGAGUUUGAGCUAGUGUUCUUUAAAAGACUUGAUUUUGAGUUCAAUAAAGUGAUUCAGUUUUAUAGGGGGAAGGUGGAGGAGGUGGUGCAGCAGGCGGAGGAGUUGAAUAUACAAAUGGAUGCUUUGAUUGCUCUUCGAAUUAAAGUCAAUGAUCCUGCUGCUGCUGCUGUUGUUUCACCAAUGACCAAUAAUGAUCCAGCUUCUGUAUCUCCAUUCAUCAAUCAAAGAAACACAGGUUCAUCUCCAUUGGAGGCUAUUCAUGAAGUCGAGAUGAGUAAUCAUGGAAAUGAAAAAGAACCCGAAAAAAAGAGAUUGAACGGUGGCAAGGACUACAAAUUGGCGUCUUUAGAAGUUUUGAAUCACAUAAAGAUCAACGCCACCCCAGAAACCCCGCGAUCCACCAUGAGAAGUGUUUUCAAUAGUACGAGAUCCGACUUGCAUUUCAACAAAAAAGAACUCAGAGAUGCACAAGAAAAAUUGAAGAAAGCUUUUAUUGAGUUCCACCAAAAGCUUCGGCUUCUGAGUAGCUAUGCAUUUCUGAAUCAACUGGCCUUCUCCAAGAUAAUGAAGAAGUAUGAUAAGAUCACGUCAAGAAACGCAUCGCAUGCUUACUUACAGAUGGUUGAAGAAUCUUAUUUGAGUGAAUCUAAUGAGGUCUCUAAACUCAUAGAGAGAGUCGAAGCUGCAUUUGUAAAGCAUUUCUGUAACGGGAAUCGCCAUCAAGGAAUGAACUCCUUGAGGCCAAAAGCUAAAAGAGAUAAGCAUGGUGUAACAUUUUUUGUGGGUUGCUCGAUAGGAUGCUCGUUAGCACUUGUGGUGGCAAUCAUUGCAAGUUUACAUGCGGGAGUUCUUCUCAAGAGUGAAGGUCGAGAUGCAUACAUGAAUACCAUCUUUCCACUGUACAGUCUGUUUGGAUUUAUCGUGUUACAUAUACUGAUGUACGCUGGGAAUUUAUACUAUUGGACACGUUAUCGAGUCAAUUACUCGUUCAUAUUUGGAUUCAAGGCGGGUACAGAAUUGGGUUUUAGAGAAGUCCUACUCCUCGGUUCUGGUCUGUUAGUACUCACUCUUGCAGCUAUAUUGUCAAACCUUGAAAUGGACAUUGAUCCAAAGACUAAAGGUUACAAAGCUAUAACUGAAUUACUCCCUCUCGGUUUACUCAUUGUUGUGGUUUUGAUAACAUUAUGUCCGUUUAACAUCUUCUAUCGCUCAAACCGAUAUUUCCUCUUGGUCUGUUUAUGGCACUGCAUUUGUGCUCCUCUUUAUAUUGUUACUCUCCCUGAUUUCUUCUUGGGUGAUCAGUUAACUAGUCAGGUUCAGUUAUUGAGGAACUUGGAAUUCUAUGUAUGCUAUUAUGGUUGGGGAGAUUUCAAGAAUAGGGAUGCAGGUACUUGCGAAGACGGCAGAAGCACAAUAUAUCGUAAUAUUUCCAUAGUCAUCGCCGUUGUGCCAUAUUGGAUUCGCCUCCUACAGUGCCUACGACGCUUGUUUGAAGGGCAAGAUUCGACACAAGCUCUGAAUGGGCUCAAAUACUUCUCUACCAUUGUUGCUGUUGUUGCAAGGACACUUGAUCCUCUUGACGCAGGAGUGACCAUCAAAAUCAUAUCUGCAACCAGCUCAGUUAUUGCAACAAUUUUUAGUACCUACUGGGAUCUGGUAAAGGAUUGGGGUCUGCUAUGUAGGAAUUCUGAGAAUCCAUGGCUAAGAGAUAAGCUCAUUUUGCCUAACAGAUCUAUCUAUUUUGUAGCAAUGAUAUUAAAUGUGAUACUGAGACUUGCCUGGAUGCAAAGUGUACUGGAUGUUUACGAUACCCCUUUUCUCCAUCGAAAGGCCGUAGUUACAAUUGUUGCAUGUUUGGAGAUCAUUCGUCGUGGCAUAUGGAAUUUUUUCAGGUUGGAGAAUGAACAUUUGAACAACGUUGGUAAAUUUCGAGCUGUUAAAUCAGUUCCACUACCGUUUAGCCACGAGGACGGAGACAAGAAUCUAUAAUUUGUUUUCGGAGAAGAAUGGUAGAGAAUUAGAAGUUUGUUAAUACCGAGUUUCUAUUUACAAAAAUGAAAAACAAUCCAUGCGUAUAAGAGAAUUACAUAUUGAUUUC